GACAUGCUGGGAUUAUUUAUACUUCCUCAAGAAAGAACCUUGUGAAGGUAUCGCUGUUCUGUAUAUACCACGGAUUUUUAAGAGACUUUCUUCAUCAUGAUAGCCAACUAAAUCCUCACUCUCUGUUGAGAGACCACUUUCUUUUCUUUCUUUUCUUCUCCUUAAUUUAUUGACUCGGCGAUUUCGCGGCGUUUGGUACCUUGGCUUUUGCUGAUUCAUUUUUACGACUUUUUGGAGUUUGACGGAUAUUCGGAUACAAGGACUUGCCAACAUGGCUCUCGCACCGGAGGACUUCCCGCAGAUGUGGCAGCGGCCAACUUAUGAAGAGCUCAUUGGCAUUCUCGAGAGCCUAGAAUUGAGCCCUCCUGUAUGGAACCACAGACAGCAACGGUCAGACAUUAUUGCGCAGCAAGAAUCGCUCGCCACUCAGCGCAAGGCGGAGGUGACUCGCUACCUUUCAUCCAUCAUAAAGAGCCCUCUGGCAUGGAUCAACGACUACGACAAGCAAGAAGCUUUGUGGGAGUUGGCGAGCAAACGCAUGUCUGAGAGAUGUGGCCGGACUGCCAUGGGCGAGGUGACGAGACGGUGGCCAUUUGAAGGCGAUGGUGCUGCAUGUGAGCCUUUUGAGCUGAUCAUUAAAGAGCCUGCUCUGACGGGUGACUCGCUUGGGUUUAAGACAUGGGGCUCGUCGUAUGUGCUGUCAAGCUAUUUGCCUCGACUUGCUGCAACUUCGCUGUUCAAGAUCUUUGACGAGACUCUUGGUCAGCCUCCUCCUACAGUUCUGGAGCUUGGUUCAGGAACUGGUUUGCUGGGCGUGGCGGCAGCAGCAUUUUGGCAGACACAUGUGAUCCUAAGUGAUUUGCCGAAUAUUGUGCCCAACCUCAAGGACAAUAUGGAGAAGAAUAAGGAUCUGGUGGAGUCUCGAGGAGGCUCGAUGUCUGUUGGCCCACUUACAUGGGGCGGAGAAGAAGACGAGAUCGAUCAAGAACUUUUUGGCGAACCUUUUCAGUUCAAGGUCGUCCUCGUUGCUGAUCCCCUGUAUGACGAUGACCAUCCUGCGCUUCUGGCUUCAGCAAUCUGCCAGAAUCUUGCUCUCGGCUCGGAAUCCAGGGCGGUUGUCAUGGUUCCUAUGAGAGACGAGACGACGCGUGGGCUCUUGGAGUCUUUCAAGCAGGCCAUGUUGGAUCUUGAGACACCGCUGUUCCUUGAGGAAGAGAAGAAAUUGGAUGGUGAGGAUGACUGGGGCGAGGACGAGGACGAGGGCCAAGUGGAAUGCUGGCUGGGAGUCUUUUCUCGCGGCGGAUCUCCUUUGACGGCAUAAUUAGAUAUGACGAAGUCUAUAGAAAUGAGGAUAUGCAUGAUAGAUGGUAGAUGAGUGGGGAGAAAAACUGGACUAUGAUGGACUGGACUAAAAUAGAGAGAUGGGGUAUAGAAGCAAAUAAGCUAGAUUUUUAUAGAGACCAUAGAGGACAUUUUUGCUAAACUUCCACCACUUAUACGCUAAUUUUCAGCAUUAAGACGAACUUAGGCUCAGAG